AUGCCUGAUCCCGCCAAGUCUGCUCCAGCGCCCAAGAAAGGCUCCAAGAAAGCCGUGACCAAGACUCAGAAGAAUGACGGCAAGAAGCGAAGGAAGACCAGGAAGGAAAGCUAUGCCAUCUACGUGUACAAGGUGCUCAAGCAGGUCCACCCUGACACCGGCAUCUCCUCCAAGGCCAUGGGCAUCAUGAACUCCUUUGUGAAUGAUAUCUUCGAGCGCAUCGCAGGGGAAGCCUCCCGCCUGGCUCACUACAACAAGCGCUCCACCAUCACCUCCCGGGAGAUCCAGACCGCCGUGCGCCUGCUGCUGCCUGGAGAGCUGGCCAAGCACGCCGUGUCCGAGGGCACCAAGGCCGUCACCAAGUACACCAGCGCUAAGUAA